UCACGGAAUGGGCGUGUUUUCUUCUAAUAUGAGUGAAGGUUCCCUUUACAUGUUUAGUCGUACACGCGAAUCUAUGAAACGCCCUUUCCUUUUAUUUGUUAACUGUUUUAUUUCAUUCUCCGGCGAGACCACUUAACUUAUUAUCGGGAAUAUCUUUGUUCGUGUAGUGCUUUUCUGUUAUUUCAUCUGAGUGCCUUCAGCCCGUUAAAUUUCCUGUCAGCUGUAGCUAUAUUCACGACAAGUGUUUACUGUUUAAACAAGAAAAUCUAUUUAAGUGACGAUGACAAGUGUGAAGGCUUGGCCACUGCUUCUACUGCAGUUUUCACUGGUGUCUAUGGAGAAAGGUUGUCCGUUUCCUGAUUUGAAUGGCAAAAUUAUUUUGUCUGAGGAAUCCAGAAUGAGGAAUAAUUUCCCAGAUGAUUCAAAGGCGUUUGUGGAGUGUGCUAGAGGACACGAGAGAGAGGAAGGUUCAAAUGUGAUCAUCUGCAGGAGUGGGAAGUGGAGUGAUCCGGAAUUAAAAUGCAAAAAGAUAGACUGUGGAUCACCUGAAGAUUCACCACAUAUGACCUACUCCAUCACAGAAGGAACGUUGUUUGGUGCCCGCAUAAAACCCGUAUGUGAGAGGGGAUAUGACCUGGAAGGAUCAAGUUUCAGGCAGUGUCUUGUAUCUGGCUGGGGCGGAAAGUCUAAAUGUACUUUGAUAACGUGUGAUGAGCCAAUUCCAAUUGAGCAUGGAAAGUUCUCAAAGCCCAGGAACAUUAUUCAAUUUGAUGAUGUCGUUGAAUAUUCCUGCGAUGAUAACUACACCCUCGUUGGAAACAGAUUUAUUACAUGUGGGCAAUAUUGGGAAUAUAGUUCACCACCUCCAGAAUGCAAAGCAAGCAAUGCCACAAACAAAGCCACAACAACAGCUACAGACACAACAACAGCAACAGCUACAGACACAACAACAGCAUCAGCAACAGCUACAGACACAACAACAGCAUCAGCAACAGCAACAGCUACAGACACAACAACAGCAACAGCUACAGACACAACAACAGCAACAGAUACAGACACAACAACAGCAACAGCAGACACAACAACAGCAACAGAAACAACAACAGCCUCAGCCACCACACUUUCAAAUGAAAGAAUUCUAUAUGAGCCUCUUACUCCUUCACCGAGUGAGUCGUCCUUUAAAUCCAAUGAUACAACUACUUUUGUGAAACAGAAGUCAAAAGAUGUUGUCGCUCCGAUUAUUGGCGAUGUUGUCGCUCCGAUUAUUGGCGAUGUUGUCGCUCCGAUUAUUGUCGCCUCCACAGGCGCCACAUUUAUAGCUUUCAUAAUAUGUUUCGCAUUAUGGUACAUUAAACAGAGAGGUUCAUACAAUACUGGCGAAGAACUGAAGACAAAAGAGGAGUUAAUGGUAUAUCGAAGUCUGUAAACCCAAGGUAUUUACCCAAAAUCUUCAUAAGCUUAUAUGAAGUUUUGCUGUUGUUGUUGUACAGCCAUAAUCGAAUGUCUUCAUCUCAGACUAAUACACUCAUUAGUUGAGAGUUAGUUCUGGCUUUAGUUGCAAAAUAGUCUGCAUUAAUUAUUCUUAAUGUGUUCUUGUUUUUCAUUUUCCUUAAUGUGUUUUCUCUGGACUCUCAACCACAGGGCAAACAAUCGGACGGCUCCUUUGUUCUAGUGUUGUUCCUGCAAGUGGACUGCUUGAAGCUUUCAACUUCAAUGUAUUUUAUAAACUAGAUAUUUUAUUUAUUUAUUAUUGCUAUAACAUGUUUUGCUGCCAAUUAUUGACAAAAACACAAGAUGGUAUUUUUGUAUAUUUAAAUAAAGAUUUUUAAAA